AAAUUGUGACAACUGUAAUUUCACCUUAUCUUUGUUUGGUGCCUUGAUUGUUCAAAAUUGUCAAACAAAUUUUUGCGUGGAAUAAUCCGAAGAUAAUAAUUCAUGUCCAUUUUGGAACAAUAUUAAACCUUUCUUUUACAACUAGUCGGUAUUAUGAUUUCCAAAGAUUUCAUUCAGCAAUUGUUGAUAAAAUCUUUGAAUGACUUGGCUAAAUCCAAUGAAUUCAUUCAAAUAUUAAGUUAUGAUGGAGAUAACUACAACGCUUUGGUCUUGAUCAUCCUUUAUUUUGUUAGAAGGUUCUUCUAUAUGGAAGGUCUUAAUCCGUUAGUGGAUGGUGAAAUUGGAAUGCAGUACCUUUCAAACAAAUUACUUCCUUUGUUAGACCAAUUCAACACUGAUAGCAUAGUGGAUGAGUUUCAAGAUAUAAUUGACCGUAAUAUCUUGAUACAAUUAAACAGAGAACAAGAAUCAAAAUUGUUGUUGAGUUUAUUAAAUUCAAGUUCACAUAUCCCCCCACAUUCUUUACCAACUUACUUGUUUGGUUGUAAAGUGAAUGAUAUCAAGUUAUUCCAUAGUAUACUAUUCAAACCAUUGUUUAAAACCAGUCAAUCUUCAUUCCAUCAAAUGUUCGAUAUCCCUGCAAAUUGUCUUGAAAAUAUAAUUGAGCAAGCAAUUAAGUAUCAACAGUUACAAAAUCCAUUUUAUUUACCCCCACGAUCGAAAUCAGACAAGCGAAAGCAUGGCCAAACCCCAUUAAUUCCAUUGGAUUUUCUGAAAGUUCCACUUCAUUUUAAUAAUGCCAAGUUGAUUCAAACAUUGACAUAUCAUACCGACGAAGUUUGGUUUAUUAAAUUUUCUCCCCUGGGUAGAUUUAUGGUUACAGGCUCCUUGGAUGGGAAGUUAAUCUUGUAUGACGUUAGUAAUAAUUUCAAAUUGAUUAAGAUAAUGGAGCCAAGUGUCGCUGCGGAUAAUUCUGCAUUUGUUCCAUUCUCGGUUAAACCACAAGCAGCAGGUAAAACCAGAGCCGUGAUCUAUUGCUGUUGGGAUCCUAAAGAGCAAUAUUUAGUUAGUUGUUGUUUGGACACCAUUGUGCGUAUCUGGUCAAUUGGUGAUAUUCAUAACAAGAGAAUCACUCGCAGUGAAACAACUAUAUCAACUACUUCUAGCAAUACUGGAUCCAUGGCAGCAGCUACAGGAUCUACCGGAUUUCUGUCACCAGGAGUAGUUAUGGGGGCAGGUACUACGGGAUCACACAUCCCUACAGACUUUAAAUUAGUUACAUGCUUCACUCUUGGUCAAGAUAUCAAAACUUGGACUUGUGAAUUCUUACCAGAAAACAAGCGAACAAUGUCAAACUCUUCUUCCCCUCAAUUCAUUAUUGGAUCUCCCGAUAAAGUUCUUAAAGCAUUUGAUUGCGAUGGGGUUGAGUUAUUUGACUUUUAUGGCAAUAUUGAAGGUGGAGACGAAGAUGAUGAAGAUGAAGAUGAGGAAAUGGAAAAUGAUGAUAUUGAAGGUGAUCAUAAACGUAAGAAGAAGACUAUCUUAAGAAGCACACCUGAAGUGGGAACAAGCAGUCGAAAUACACCUCCUAGACGUAAUACUCCUAAACCAAAAGAGAAUGGACAAGAAGGGGAAGAUGUCACUAUGAAGGAAGCAGAUGAAGCUAAUAGCCAUGGACUUUCCAAUUCUCUUAGAAAGCAUCUUGAAAGUAAUUUUAAUCGUAUUAAUGACUUGGCAAUAACUCCAGAUGGUAAGAUUUUAAUCACAGCCAACAAUGAACCGCAAUUACAUUUCUACAAGAUCCCAGACGUUCUCAAUGAAGAAGCAACUACGAGACGUAUAGCAAGUAUUAACUUACGAGGUAGAUUAACAUCAUGCUCCGUAUCCAAGAAUGGGAAAUAUUUACUUUUAAGUUCUGCUCCGGAGGAACUUCAAGUAUGGGAUAUAUCUAGACUUCCGCAAGAUCCACCUAUUCUUUAUCACAAAUACAUUGGUCAUUCUCAAUCAACAUUUAUCAUUCGUUCAUCAUUUGGAUACUACAAUGAAGAAACCGGCGAGGAAGAACUUGUGUUAUCAGGAAGUGAUGAUGGAUACAUAUACUUCUGGAAAUUACACACCGGCGAAUUGAUUACAAGAGUCAAGGGACAUACCGGGUUGUGUAAUUCUGUUGAUUGGAACACCGGAGGUACUUCUUGGGGUAAGGGUAAAGAUCUAGGUAAGUACUGGGGUAGUGUUGGUGAUGAUAAGUUGGUCAAAGUAUGGGGAAAAAAGUGA